AUGAAGAACACGCUAGCCAGCUGCUCUGAUAGUGAUGGAAAUGAACAUCCGAUUUCUACAAAAUUUCGCGGCAGUUCAAAAGCCAGUCGUCGUCCACUUUCUGAUCUCACGAACCAGAUGCCAUUAAUCUCGUUAAGGAAAACGCAACCAACAAAAACCGCAAACGGCUCAACUAUCACAAUUACUUGUUCAUCGGAUCAAAUUCUGAAAACAAGACACACGUCAUAUAGUAAUUUGUCCACUCUCGAACAUCAAGAGUCGGUAGAAUUGCACAUGCCUCGGCUAGUGCGUGAUGUGGUGGAUAUGACUUCCGUGAAUAAUAAAGCUUCCGCUCUCUCUUCAUCUUUAUUUGAUUUAUCACCAACUCAACCAUCCAUUCCUGAAUUAGUGAUGCUCGCAACAGAUAAUACAACGUCAAGAGCAACAAAAACAUUUUCCCUAUCUAUUGGAAACAAAAAUGUGUCAACUGAGCCGUCGUUUAAUUCAGGAAAAAGACGUUCAGUUUUUGAUGAUGAAACACUUAACUCAGAUAUUGUUUCUGAGGAGUACAAUUCACCGUGUGAACAACUAUUAGAAACCUCAAACAUGUUUGAAAUAGGAACGACAAUAAAUACAUCUAAAGCAAUCACAGUUCCAUAUAAAAAGCCAUCGAUUCUUGACAGUGUCCGAAGAAAUAGAAAGAUAUUUUCCAGUAGCACAAAAAAAAGAAGAACAUCUUCAGCCGCUGCUCCUAUUCCUCGUCGAUCAAAUAGAAAAAGACCGUCAUCAACAUGUGAUGUUUUACCUAUUGAUGAAGAAGGAUCACACCUCUACGAGAACGGAUUCGAAGAACUCACUGGCUGGCUUAUUGAUCUCUUGAGAAAAGGCGUGCUCGUUUUAAUGACUGACGUUAAAACUCAAUAUGCUGUUAUUUUACAUCGUCGCAAUGAGCUCGUUUCAGAUGCAGUUCUCCGUGUUGAUUCUAUUCGUUCACGUCUCACUACAAGAUUUGGAAAUAAAUUAUUUUUCACAAAGUUAAACAAGCGAAGUGGAACCUAUGUGGCUAUUAAUGAUCUAUCGUUGUAUACAAAAGUAGCUUUGUCGUCAUCUUUGCAUUAUUAUAAUAACAAUUCAAUUAAAAUUUAUGAAACACAGGCCGACGAGAAGGAAAAGCAUAAACAAUGUGAAUUAAUAUUUGAUUCAAUUAAACUUCUUCGUCGUUCCAUCAACGAAAAUUUACAUUAUUUUAAACAUCUUAGAAAAAGUCGAUCAACACUCGCCGACUUCAAUUCAACCAUGUUUUGGGAAUUGCUUGAAAAAGAAAUAUUUGGAAAAUCGGAUAAUUGGCUUAAAAUUGCAUCCGUUUCAUAUGAUAUUAUCAACUGCAAAAAUGAGCGUCUCAUCACUCCGAAACACUACUUAUUAGCCAACGAAAUAUUUCGUCAUGAGAGAAGUGCUCAAUUACUUUCAAUCACAAACAGACUGGGUCAUACAUGUGGUUAUAAAACUAUCUUACGUCUACAACAUGAAGCUGCGGAAAAAUCAAAAGCUGCCUUCAGUUCUCUUUCAAUUAUCAAUCGUCAGCGUAAUCAACAAUAUCGUCAUGAUUUUGCAGUGAUUGUCGCAGACAAUUUUGACAUGAAUAAAGAGACUGUACAUGGUGAAAACAGCCUGCACAUUCUCAAUCAAAUCAUUGUGCAAACGCCUGAAAAUGAUGAAAUACUAUUUAUCGUCACCGAACUUUUAACAGAGAUAACAGAUCAAAUCUCACAGACGGUACAAUUGCUCGCUCAGUCUCUAGCUAGCGAAGCGGUGAGCCCUGUCAUCUCUCAGUUGCCAACUAUCCACUCGAAUUACGAUCCGUUUAUUGAUACUUCACUAGACAUGAAACUACUUGGUUAUUCAAUAUCGAAGUAUUUUGAACAACAAAUGAAAACAUCCGAUCCAUCAUCUCCUACUAAUCUUCCACUUCUCUCCGGUUUUUUCGCCAGUUUUCUUCAUUUUGAUAAACGUCCUGUGCACUCAAUUACCUUUUGCACUCCAAUAAACGAUAAUCCAAGUUUAAUAUCAGCUGCAGAGUCGUGUUUACGCUCUACAAAAGCCGAACUACUUGACAAGAAUUACCAAAAAGAAGCUAUUAUAGUAGUCGAUGAGAAGAUAUACAAAAACUGCACAAAGGUUAGGCGUGAAACAAUGUUCGAGUAUCAUCAUAUCACCAUUUAUCCAGGUGAUUUUCAUUUAAUGAAGACAACGAUGAUUGUGAUUUGGGACGUUCUGGACGGAUCGGGUAUUGCGCUUGAUCAAAGCAUUGAGUGUUCCAUAAACAAGCUGGGCAAGGGUCAUGGCGGAAUUAGUGGAAAAUUUCAUGAAUCAACAAUAGACAAUUGGAUAAAUUCGUUCUCGUAUCGUGCGCUACUCACAUCUGUGCUCCAUGAAAUUUGUGGGUUAGAGACAACAAACAACAACUUAAACUCACAUCUUGAAUGUACGCCCACUCGUCAAGCAAUUGAUGAAACAGAUUUAGCGAUUUUAUUGAAAGUAUUAAAAAGCGAACAUUUAUUUUCUCCAUCAUCCUCUCACGCUCGAAAACUCCUAUCAGGCAAAAUUAUACACGAAGAUAUUAUUUUGAAUAUCUGUACUUCAUUUGAUCGUGGUCAAGAAGCAUUGUCAACUUAUAUCAAAGAGCGAUUAAUCGAUAAAACAGUCAGGUUUGAAGAGCCAUUAAAAGCAAUGUUGAGGCUAAAAUUACGAGAUACCGAUUUUUACAUUCCCGGUGAUCCUACUUCGGUCAAAAAACGUGCCAAAAAUGACAACACUAAAGAUUUAACCAAAACUAUCAAGUAUGUUGAUGAAGAAAUGAGACGCGUUAUUAUUAUUGCUGAGCAACGGGGGCUUUCACUGCCAUCUUUAUUUGCCCAUGAAUUCACUCGAGCUCCGCUGGCCUUGUGUGACAAUCAGAAUUGUGAUCUGAUGAAUCAGCAAAAAAAAUCUGCUGCUAUUGAUUAUUUAAAACAGCAGUUUCCGUCAUCAUUCUCAUCAUCUUGUCCAACAUUAAAAGGUAAAUCAGCUUUAGUCAUCGAUGGUGGAAGUUUACUUGAAAUUAGACCAAAAACAAGAAACAUGACCGUUCGACAGUAUGCUGAACAACUGCUCACCACUGUCAUCAACCGUCAGUUUCAACAGUAUGAUAGAAUUGACGUCGUUUUCGAUUCCAGCGAGAGCAAGUUAGUGAAAGCAUUUACCAGGAGACAUGGCAACGAUCUCGAUACGUCAAGUUACGACUUACAAAUUGAUGAUCGCCUAGAAGCAUCCUAUCAUAAAUUCCUUCACAAAAACCGUGCUAUUGUAGCUGCACGUGUACGUGAUUGUUGGGCUAAACCUGCAUUGGUAGAAUUGCUCCCAGAAGGCAAACUUCUGGUAGCGGCAGGGCCAGAUGAAUAUGCAAUCAAGCUGAAAAAGAAUUCUUCAUCAGAACAAGAUUGGCUUUUACAGUCUGACCACGUAGAGGCCGACACUCGUCUGCUUCUUCAUACCAAUGUUAUCAUGAUUGACGAAUAUAAAAGUGUAGUUAUUGCAGCAACCGACACUGAUGUUAUCCUAUUAUCGAUCGCACAUGCAUUGACUAUACAGCUCGAAAAUGUCAUUAUCAAAUCAUUCAACAGCACAACUAAAACUGACACAUUUAUUAAUAGUAUGGAAAUAGCUAAAAAGCUAAAACAUUUUUCAAUUGAUCCAAUCAUUUUGAUUGUUCUCCAUGCGCUCUCCGGAUCCGACUCUACGUCAUUCAUCAAAAAUAUUACUAAAGUUAAAUUUUUUCGUACAUUUUUCAACAACUGGCAACGUUUUACACAUUUGAGCGACUUUCUCAAAACACCAUUAUCAAAAGAAGCGAUCAUAGAUGCUGAAAAACUACUCCUUACUACUUAUUCGACAACAACCAAUGCAAUUACCCUCGAUCAUUUACGUGCAACAAUGGCGGUACAGUCAUUCAAAGAAAAACGGAAAAGCAUUGUAUUGAAUUUACCACCAACGUCAAAUUCUUUUACUCUCCAUUGUCUUCGAGCUGCCAGACAAAUUAAGAUCUGGGGAAAUGCAUUAGAACCAUAUUUACAUAUACAAUCACCAAAUGAAUUAGAUGGGUUUGAAACAGUAGAUGAUCAACUGAAAAUCAAAUGGAUAUCCAAUUCAGAACAUCCAGCAGAUAAAAAACUUGUUACCUGUGGAAAAUGCACCACUGGAUGCAAAAACAGUCGUUGCAAAUGUGGUUCACAAAAUAUUAAUUGUACAAUUUAUUGCAAGUGUCCAUCCGAAUGCUGCAAAAAUCAAUCAAAUCAUCGAAUGUCUCAACUUUCUCUUUAUGCAACCCUCUCUCAAGAAGAAAGUGAUGUUGACGACUUUGCUGACAGAGAAGAAUCAAAUUUAAGUGAAGAAGAGGGGCAAUUGCAUAGCUCCUGUAACUCUGUAAACUUUGAAAACGAUGAUCAUAUUCGCACACAAUCUCACAAUUUGGAUAUGUCAGUUCAAGCGGACAAUGAUAUUGAUGGUACAUCUUUUGCUACAGAACAUGUGGAACAUAAUUAUUGCAGUACUUCCACAGAAGAAGAACAGGAAGAAGAACAUCAGAAAUGGUCAAGGAUACCUUCCAAACCUACGAUUCCAAUGUCUCCAAUCAGUAACUGUCGCUCAACGAUCGCCUCGCCAUCACAACGUGUUCUUCGCCCUCGAAUAAAUGCGACAGAAGCCAGUCCAAAUUACUCUAAUUUUAAACUGCCGAUUUCACCAGCAAACAGAUCUAAAUCAACAACGUCUACUCCAGUAACAAGACAAUGUCGACAAUCAAUAAAAUCAACAAAAAGAACAGUCUCGAUCGUUAAUGAUGAGAAUGCACUACCACAAAAUCCCACCUCGAAGCUCGAUACAGUAGAAAAGAAUAUUAUCAGGAAUCGAUCCUACCGAAAAUAUGAUAUUUUCCAAGACGACGAUGAACAGUUUUGA